CUCUCUCUCACACACACUCUUACUUCCUCGAACACAUGUGCUUGCACUCUCUCCCUCUCCUCUAUGUCUCCUCAUCGGAUCAGCGGAGCACAGGAGGUGAUUUCAGCCACUUGAUUUAUUAGUCAUCGCUGGUUGUUGGAACAAGCUAAUUAAAAGGAGCGUGAGCGCGUGUGUGCGUGUGUGUGCAUGUGUAUUUGUGUGUAAGAUUUAGAGACUGACGCUGCUGCUGCUUCUUCUGCUGCUGUUGCUGCCGUCCCCUUCAUCAGCUCUCUCACGCUUUGCUGUGGAGCAGGCGAGAGGAGAGGAGAGAGAAGAGGAAGAAGAGGAAGAGAAGGAGGAGACAGAGAGAAGGGGCAGACACCUGGGUGGAAGGACAUUUUCACACCACUUCCCCUCAUCAUCUCUUCUGACAUGGCCACCGCUUAGGAAUCUGGUGCCGUGGCAACCGUCAGAUCCAAGGAUAAGGAGGCAGAAAGUUGGGCCUGUUCAGGGGGAUGUUCAAAGAAACAAAGAGAGGGAUGGCCGUGGAGGAGAAGCCGGGUGUGAAGAGCAGCAGCUCCAUCGUUCCCUGCUUUCUGUUUGUGGAGCUGGUGAUCAUGGCUGGGACGGUGCUGCUGGCUUACUACUUUGAGUACACGGACACCUUCCCUGUGCACAUCCAGGGCUUCUUCUGUUACGACAAGACCUUCUCUAAGCCCUACCCUGGUCCGGAUGAUACCAGCAAGAUCCCUCCGGUGCUCAUCUACUCGCUCGUCACAGCCAUCCCUACCCUCACGAUUCUUGUUGGAGAGCUGUGCGCCUUCUUCACCAAGGCAGAGGGAACCCAGGAGAAGACCAUUGUGACUGCAGACUGCUGCUACUUCAACCCCUUACUGAGACGCAUAAUACGCUUCUUGGGUGUUUAUGCCUUUGGUCUAUUCACCACGACCAUUUUCGCCAAUGCCGGCCAGGUAGUGACAGGAAACCAGACGCCUCACUUCCUGUCUGCCUGCCGACCAAACUACACAGCAUUAGGCUGCCAGUCCACGAUGCAGUACAUCACAGAGCGACGGGCCUGCACAGGCAACCCACUGAUUGUCAUGUCUGCACGUAAAUCCUUCCCAUCUAAGGAUGCAGCACUCAGCGUCUACUCAGCAGUGUACACAGUGAUGUACGUGACACUGGUGUUCAAAACCAAAGGCACGCGGCUCACCAAGCCCACUAUCAGCCUCACGCUGCUUUGUCUCGCCAUGCUAGUCGGUGUGGUCAGAGUGGCUGAGUACCGCAACCACUGGGCUGAUGUCCUGGCGGGAUUCUUCACUGGGGGAGCCAUCGCUGUGUUUUUGGUGACUUGUGUGAUUAACAACUUCCAACAGCUGCAGCCCGGUCUUCCUCCACCGCGACCCCAACGUCCCGAGUCAAUGCUGGGCAUGCCGAUGGUGACACUGCCCUCCGUGGAGAGUCCACUCGAAAAGUUAAGUGGCCCUCAGCAUCUUGCACUCUCCUCCUCCUCCCCACCUUACAACACCUACGUCCAACCAUUCUAACCAGCUUUGAAUAUUUUUUACCCAACGUUGUCACCCCCCCCAACACUAUCUCCACCAUCUGUUGCCUUAUUUCUGUUUUUUGCUCUGUUGAACAUCUGUUCUGUCCUCCCCUCAUCCCUGUACAUUGCUCUUGAUUAUUCUUUUCUUCACUUUUCUCUCUCUUCCUCCGCCUCCUCUCUGCCCCGUCCUCCUCUCUCUUUCUCACUCCUCUCUUUCCCCUGCAGACUCCGCGGGGAUCUCCGUUCACAGAGAUCACAUGACCAUCAGCCCUAUCGGUUCCCCGCCACCCCCGAUGUCCUCAUACCGUCUCGCUCCAUUUCCAGCGAAGUCUAGACCAGUCGGAGCAGCACUCACCACAAUGCGCCGCCCAUCCGGCUGGGCGGUAUGCAACAUUGCACCGCUCCUAUUCCACGCAGGUCUAGACCCCCCACCCCUCCUAAUACAUGAUACACAGCACACACAUCCCCCGUUGCCCUCUCAACCCCCGGGGAACCGAUAGGCAAACUCUUCAAAGACUUUCUCUUUGUUGGAAUACCAGUAAAGUAAAGCUCUGAUCAAUAAGUACAGAGUCAGGUACAUCUUUUUUUUCUUUCCUUUUUUUUUCAUGUUGAAAAAUGUAACUAAUUUUUUUAUAUGUAUAUAAACUCAAUCACAUGAAGCUCACUUUCAUCAGCAGUGGUUUGCUCUGUUACAAAAACGAAAUCAAACGGUGACCACUGAGAAUGUCCGCUGCUUCUUUUUCUCCAACCGUACGAGCGCACGCCUGUUUGAGGAAAGAACCCGAAAGGUGAUGGUGAGCUCUCAGGACGCGGCUUUGACGUGCGCCGUGUUGGACCAAAGAAACCCACCUGAGGAAAUGUGUGCUGCUGAGAUUUACCCGUACAAAACAUCCUUUUAGCAAGCCAUAUGAACACACAAACAAACACACUUGCUCUCCUUAUUUCAUCCCAUGCACGUGCACACAGACACACGCAUAAGCACCCACCAGGGUUGAGUAGCAGUGCCCUAGUCAGCUUCGCAUGAGGUUUCCCAGGAUCAAAGGAUCCGUUUCUUAUCCUUCAGCAGAAGCACCAGACAAAUGCAAACAGGAGGAAGGUACAGACAUCUUCACUUGGCUAUCAACUUUGUGUUUUCCGUCGCUCUCAGAUGGUUGCAAUUUUGCCAAAACCUAAUGUGAAACAGAAACACACAUUGGAUGAGACAAACCCAAGCUCCCGAAUGCAGGUGGCACAACAGUGAGCCAAAUUAAGUGCAUCACAUUCAGGAGUAAAUAUUUGUUUUUUGCUUGUUUUUUUUUUUGUAUUCUUUUGCGAAGAGGAGCCUUCAUACAGGACACUUCUCUGUGAUGCCAACUGACUUUUAAAAAAAAUGUCUCUUUCAUUUAACUGUGGAACAGCAUCGCUCAUCCCGAAGUGGCGUCUCCUUUGGCUGCGUCGUGUAAUUACUGUGAUUUAUUUCUGAGAUUUUAUUGAUAUAUUGAUUUACUGACGUUUGUGUAUAUACGGCGUGGUUGCCAUAAGCGCUCCGUGUGGCGUGACAGUUUUGCUGAUUUUGAUUUGCACACUCCCUCACAAUCCACUUUUGUCUUUUGUUCUCUUCAUUUGCCUUUGUUUGCUUUUCCUUUCUUUACAAAUACAUUUUGUUUUUUACAUUCUCCAUUUAUCUCUCUUCUCUGUAGUGUCUGUAUCUAGGCUAAUAUGCCAUCACUGUGCUGUGAAAUGUUUCCCUCUGCUGGACAAACAAACACACACACAAACACACACACACACACACAAGCACAGACACACAAAGCACAGAAGACCUCGUUUUACAGACGUAAACUCUAACAUAUUUGAAAGCACGCACAUGCACAAGCACACUUAUACCCCCUACUUGUUACUGUACUUUCCUUCUCCUCUUCCCCACUUUCUAACACCGAACCUGUAAGAUAUUGUACAUAGCUCUUUUUUCUAUUGAGAGUGUGAUUUUUACACGAGCAUCACCAAGACUCUGUGUGGCGAUUGAAGGAAAAUCUUGUUUUUGUUACAAUGAUGGAGAAUUCGAGCAGACGUGCUGAACCACUCUGACCCAUCAGUUGGAAAGUACUCAGAUGACUCACUUUUUGUUUCAAUUUGCUGCGUCUGCCUGUUGGACUGAAUAAAGCUGGAUUGGAAAAGUCAUUUUACUCUGACAUCAGACACUAUGUGAUCCUGACUUUCUGAGUUUUAUUAGGCCAUUUUCACUUUCCUUUUUUCAUGCUUUGAUCAUCCAUCCAUCCAUCCUCUACUUUUCAGUUGUGAUGGGGCAAGAGUGAGGUUACAUCCCAGACAGGUCAACAGUUUAUAGUGGGGCCAUAAAUUUAAAGCAUAGAUAUCUAAACACCCUAAGAGAUCUAUUUUUCCUUUUUCAAGGCAAUAGGUCAAGCUGUGAACACACAUUUCACAAAUUAUUGCAUUCUAGUUAGCACUAAUACUUUAUCUAACAGCUUUCACAUCCAACUUAACAGAUUAAGAGCUUUAAUUUGAUGAAUGGUGUAAUAUUAAUGAUGAAUGGGCAUAUUUUCUAUUUUGGUUCUACUAUGCUCUACUAUGAUCACCAGCCAGCUGCUAACUUUGUUUGUCUGCUGUCUACUUGGACCAGUUUUACAGUUACCAGAGGUUUCCCUACUGAAGGGAGCUUCCUGAUCUUAAGUCUUAAUUAUCUGGCAUAAAGUGAGACUCAUUCAUGAUACCAGCAGAUCAGCUGAUCCUCAUGCUAUUCCACAUUAGCUGAUCAGACUUAUGCUAUUUGAGUUGGUGUAGCCUGUCUGCAGUUAAUGCACUUCUGCAAGCUGCUUUGCAACCCACCUUGAUCACUACCCCUUCUCGAAUGCUCUAUCUGACUUCAUCAAUGUCAUGUCUAUUGUGUAAUAAAGCCGCAAGGUCCCAGAAAAGAAUAAUUGUUGCAGAUGGAAAGGCAUGUAUCGCUUUUGGUUCCCCAUUCAUGUGGAUGUAAGAUAAAGAUGGCCCAAUUUUCUGAUGAUAGGCCUGUGUUGUAAAUAUGUGCCUCUCUGGCUAAUCAUUAGCAUUAUAACAUUAGUGAUAAUACGCCAUCAGACUGCGUGACAACAACUAAAUCCUCCAUCAGCCUACACAUCUUUAAGUUUUUUGUUAACCUUCCUUACGAACGCUCCACUCACACUCUAUGUGGCUGUCAUAGGUAUCAUUUUGGAAAUUAAAACAAAAAGAACAUAACUUCUCUUCAUUUUAUUUUUUUUAAUUGUGCUCAGCUAAAUAAAAAUGACCAUCUUUUGGAGAUCCAAAUCUAGCACCCAGUAGAUUUUAUUUUUCAUUAUAGCUUCUACUUAACCAAAAGCAUGUGUUUGACCAUUGAGAAUAUGUGCUAAACUACCCUUAUAUAGUUCCCUGAUGGAUGCUAAGCUUCAUUAUCAUCAGCAUCUUGUACUUGUGAGAGGUUUGAUUUCACUGAAAAAACAAAUAAAUAAAUAAUCAAAACUGUGACAUUUUGAUGGCUCAGAGAGCCAGGGCUACUUAUACCACAUAGUGUACCUGCAACUUUGUGAAGCUGAGUCAGACAUGUGACCUUUGCUGCAUGAUGGCCCUUUGUUUCAUGUGUUUCCUCAUUUCUUUCCAGUCUUCAAUGUCCCAGUGAAGCAGAAAUGCCUUAAGAUAAUCUUGAUGACAAAAUGUAACGAAAGUGUUUUCUAAGCAGUGACUGGCUGUAAUUUCAUUUGCAAGUGCGAAUUUGUCAUUUGUCCAAAUUCUCUGUGAAUCCUCUGUGAUCCAAAAUGCACAAAUGAGACACAAUCAAACAUGAAAGGUAAACACGCCCGCCACGAAGACUCGGAUUCUCCACCGGCUCGACUGCCGUCGCCGCAGCUUUACUUUCCUGUAAAGUCUUCGGUAACACAUGUUUAAAAAUCAAACAACAAACACGCUGCAGUUGACUGACAUGUGAAUAAAAAGCACCAGUCUCCUUCAGAUCUGCUACUCAGAGGCAGGACCGUGUUUCCUUUGAUCCUGAUGCAGCAAACCCUCUGUUUUUGUAAAGAUUUGUGUGAUGAGAACAAUAAAUGGACAUUGAAAUAAGAAAA